AUGGGCGGGGCCGAGGUGUGUCGGAGCGGCAGCAGUUGGAGUGUUCCGUGGGCGGGCGCGACGACUAGAGGCGGGCAUUGGACCGCCCGUCGACUGCGUGAAAACGUCUCAGUGUGCGACGAGGACGAAGACGAAGACGACGGGCAGAUGCGGUCCGUUCUGUCGAUUCUUCUCAUCAUCUGUCUUGGAAAGGGCGAAGCGUCGUCGUUCCUGGCAUGGAACAAGGCAAGCGGUCAGCAGAUCGAUGCCGCUAGAACCAUCGGAGUGCAAGGUGAGUUCUGGAAGACGUAUUUAGUUCGUGUACUCACAGAAAUUGUGUCGUUUCGCUUCAGAGAGUUCACUGAACUCUCGCCUUUCCGAUCACCUGAUUGGCGAUUUUCAAAGAAUCUCAUUCUGCCACGUCAUUGAUUUUUAAUCUAUCAUUCUCCAAUUUCGCUUCUAUCUCUCAUUGAGAAAAGAUUGAAGAAAAGGAAUGAAUGAUAGGAGGUUGUCAGUGAAACCACUGAUCUACUUGGAACCGUGUCACGUCAUGACGUUACUCGAUGUAUAGUGGAAAAAGAGCCAAAUGCGGGAAAACGGGAGGAGAAGAAGAUAACGUUUAUGAAGAAGAAGAAGUGAUAAAUAGACUAGGAGGAUGGGGGAGAGAGUGAGAGUAGAAGAGAAAGAGAGCAACACUCAACGACUACACGGAAAAGCCUCCGCCGCCUGAUUGCUCGUCUUUCUUAUCCGCGCGAAUAUGAGAUUUCGAUGAAAAGCUGCUGAUUGCAUAGGCUCCACUACAGUAAUCCUUCCCGUUUUCAGCCCGUCGUGAGUACUCGCAAUCGGUGAAAUUGAACGGACUGUCGAGAAGAGAUCGGUAUGUAUUUCGUCAUCUUUUCUAAAAACAUCGCCAUCGAAUCGAAAGAUGAAGUACCAAAGUUCGAGUGAAACGCGUGACGACGAUCGAGAAUUGAUUCGGCGAGAAUGUGACGCGAGAAAGUGUGAAGUGUUACAACACACACACAUUCUUUCGACGGAACGGUCACCGAGGUUCAGAAUUCAAAGAAAGGGGGGGCUGAUGAUGUUGACGAUGAUAGGAAUCUAGUUGUGUGGGCGGAAGAAGAAGAAGAAGCAGAAGCAGAAGCAGAACAAUAAGUAAAAGUGUCGAACGAUGACCAACUUUUUAUAGCCUUCCAUUCGUCAAAUGCUUGUUAGAUUUAUCUGUGACCAAGGUUCAAUGAGAUCACGGUAUUCGCGGAAUAUAUAAAAGUUGUAUCAUAAAACUAGCAGCUCAAAAACAACAUUUUCGGAUGAGCCGGAAGUAUAUUCGGAAGCAAGCGGGAAAGAGAGAAAGAGAGAUCGCGCGUUUAGAUGAUGAAUGAUCACAUUCCGCAUGAAUCAUUCAUUCAUUUCAGACAACUUCUCUACCUGGACGGACUUCAGAAGUGCAACUCGAUCGACGACGAGCUCAUUGCUGAUAUCGAUCGGAAUGUGGUGAGGAGGAACUACCGCAAAUUGGAUGCCGACGCUCUCGAAAGGAUCGGACUCAACAGGUUUUUUGCCGCGUUCGUCACUCUUCCAGCUAUCGAAAUGAAGAAAGUUGUGAACUUUGUGAGUUAAUCUGGAAGUGAAGAGGUUAGAAUGGAACGGAAUGAUUGCAGGCGUGUGCUAAGCACGAGCAGCAGUUGGAGUGCGGAGUUCAGUACGAGGGAGAAGCGAAGACGAAUCAGAGAAUUGCCGAGCUGAUGCAAGACGGAGGCAAUCGACAAAUGUUCGAGCACGAAUGUGUCGAAGAAGACUACGCAACUACCGUAUACCCGUGUCUCGGCAGAACCGGGCAAUGGAUCGGCGCGUGCGAAAAGGAAAUCUCCGAGUAUACGGUGCUCCGUCGGAAAGUGAACAACAAGAUCGAGAGCGUGUACAAUGCUGCCAUCCAAACCGUCAAAUCACUGAAAGAGGACCAAGAGCAAGUGUUCUCCGAAACCAUGCGGUUCAUCAAUUACGCCGAAGGCUCCAAAUGUCUCGCAUUCAAGAAGGUCUGACCCCGUUUCCUUUUAAUUCUGAAUUCCAGUCUUCCAGAUGCGCGUCUGUCUCCUUCAACAACUAGUUUCUGCGUGCGGAGUUGAGACGGCUCGAGCCCUCAACACAUCCAUUUCGGUCGGAUAUUUGGCUUCCGAACGGUCGGAUCGCCUUCAAUCCGACUUCGACACAUUCGCAUAUCCAUCUCAUCCGUUCUGUGAAAAACUGUAA